GGCGGCGGGGGCGGGAUGGGGGUUACGGACUCAAACUGCGCCUCACGCCGUGCCAAAACUUUCUUGAAGCUUUGAGAUCCGACAAGUGAUGAGCCAUCAGUCAGCGCACUCCAACGGCAUGCAGAGCCUCCGGAAGGAGUACCUGUACAAGGUGCUGGUGAUCGGGGACCUGGGGGUGGGGAAGACGUCCAUCAUCAGGCGCUACGUCCACCAGACCUACUCCACCAACUACCGAGCCACCAUCGGUGUGGACUUCGCCCUGAAGGUGUUGAACUGGGACUCUGAGACGGUCCGGCUGCAGCUGUGGGACAUUGCAGGUCAGGAACGUUUUGGAAACAUGACCCGAGUGUACUACCGUGAAGCCAUGGGAGCCUUCAUAGUGUUCGAUGUGACGAGGUCCACGACCUUUGAGGCCGUCAUCAAGUGGAAAGAGGACCUGGACUCCAAGCUAAUGCUGACGAAUGGAGAGAGGAUUGCCACUGUGCUCCUGGCUAACAAGUGCGACCAGGGCAGGGAGUUGACCAACAGCGGCAUCAAAAUGGACCAGUUCUGCAAGGACCACGGCUUUGUCGGGUGGUUUGAAACCUCGGCUAAGGAUAAUCUUAAUAUCGGUGAAGCUGCAAACCUCCUGGUGAAGCACAUUAUGGCGACGGAGAACGACAUCCUGAAAAGCGUUCUACCAGACACCAUCUCACCUCAGCUGGACUCCAACAGGCAGAUGAGCUGCUCCGGCUGCUUUAAAUAAGGAUAGCAGACCGAAUACAGCGGAAAGACAUUAGUACAAAGAGGGACAUGGACACCAGCCGGCCUUCUAAGGAUAUACAGUACACAUCGGCCUCGUUGCUCCAAACCCGGGUCAAAGGUUUUAUUCCGGUAAAUGUCUGUGGUUUGCUUGUGUUGUCAGUGUCCAAUAACAAGAGAAACAUAGUUUGUAAACUAAAAGUACAUGGACUGAGAAGUAAGAAGCGCAACUAUUUGUGACUUAACGUGCUUUGAGUUAAAAGUUAUUUCGGCUUCAGCCCUUUUCUGUCUUAUUUGGCAUGUUUUUUUCAAUUUCAUAAAACGAGGUGAGGAAAAAGCAAACAAAUGGACAGAAUGCAAACAGGACUUGUGAUGUUGAUUCGUCACCAUUUCAAGCAACUAUGAUUGUGACCAUAACUAUGUGGAAAACAAGUUUUGGUUGACAUACAGGCUUCCUUUACUGUUUAUUCUGCAAUAGCCAAAGAAAGCAAUGUUGACUGUGUAAUUAUUUGAAUUUUGCACAUACAUGUUUUUUUAAGUUAUUUACAUGCUGUUAUGAUAUUAAUGCCCUUUAAUGUAAUAUGCUAUUCUGCGUAAAGGUUUUCCUACACCUGACAGUCAAAGCCAAAGUCGGCAAAAACUUGUUUGAGGGCGAAGAAAUGUUGACAAUCAGCCACACAGACAGUCAGGAGCUUGCCCUUUUUCUAGUUCCACUGGAGUAGUUCAGGUUGGUACUCAAAAGGUUUAUUUGUCAGCAGAAGGGAGUGGUUGUCCUUUUGUGCAACAUUCGCUGCCGUAACCACAAUGCAUGUCAGCAACAUUUAAAGUGAUUCAUUUCACUCGUUCCUCAUCAGAAGAAAAUAUUGUGUUGAUUGUCUGCAUGCAAACUGGACUGGACAUGAGUUGCCAAAGCCUAACCCUCUGUAUCCAUGGCAACUAGAUCAUUUUUGCAUGGUUGUCCUCAACAUCUGUGAGAAGCUAUUCCCAUACAGGCAAAAAUACACGCGUCUACACACUGCGCAUAGAUUCUCCCUGCCUCUUUUUAUAUCAGCUGUUCGAGUCUCCCACUGCUCUCGAAAUAUGGCUUCUUUCAGUAUCUUUCUUCAGUUGUGUAUGCCGCCGAUCCCUCUCCUCCCUAUUUGUCUUGUUCUCUGAUUUACAGUAUGUGUAGCACAUGAUAUAAAGGUGCACGGGUGCCACUACGAACCCAGUGGUGAAGUACUUUCAUUGAUCGCCCAACACAGACUCUUUGAAGUUGUUUUCUUUUUGGUGACUUUGCACCUCUUCAUUACUUUGCAGGCGCUGUGUCUUUAAAAGGCAACUUCUACUGUGCUCAAUGUCUCGAGUCCCUUGGAGUCCAGUGUGCCAGCCCUGUAUAAAGUCAAUAGCAUUAUGUGGAGUGUUGCCGUUGAGACGAGUGCAGGAAAUGUUAAAUGAUGUAUGCUCCAUUGUUUCCUUCAACUGGUGUUUGGCAGCAGUGCUUCUUGCACAGUAUUUACGAACCCGAUCACAGCAGUGUCAUGUGUUCUUGCGUGACGCCUUGUUGGUCAAUUACAGGAUGCACAUUGGGCCUGUUGGUCCUAAACAACAGCCUUUGCACACAAUUACAGUUUCCCAUUGUGAGCUGUGCUCAUCAUGUUGCUGCGUGAAACGAGAUGAUGGGAUGUUAGCAUGGCGUUACACUAUCCUAGAAAGAACCGCAUGCUCACACACGUUGUGUGUAGCACAAUGAUAAAAUGUUUUGUCUAACAUAUGGACUGAGAAAAACUGCCGAUUACCGUAUUACCGCUCCGUAUUUAUUGUAAAGUGUAAAGUCAUAUCACAAGUUUUUGUAACACAACGUGACCUCAACGUGUAGUCUUGCCAUUUAACUUUAACCUGUAACAACCUUUAUUACAGCCUCAUGAUCACUAAAUUUAACACA